CUUCCUUGUCGUUUCGUAGAAUCAAAAUCGAAAAUAGACAAGCGGGAAAAAAAUGGGUGUACAAGCUUUGUGGAAGAAAAUGGAUAAAACAAAUGAACUUGACCAUAUGGAAUACGAUAAUGUUGACAUGGAAUUGAUUUCAGAGUCCAAGAAAAUAUCUGCUGAAAAAAGCUACAAGAAUUGUCAUUGUUUUAUCAGUGCUCUUCUCUGUGGUUCUGUUUUGCUUAUAUGCAUACAAAUUGGUAUUAUUUACUUCCAUGUAUUGGAUGUGCUUGAAUCGAAAGGACCAAGCGAACAUUUGAAGAAACCAACAAUGUUAAGUAAAGAGAAUGGUGAAACAAGUCUCAAUCCUAUGAACUCGUCUUUGGAGUCUUUAAAAAUGCUUGUUUCCUUGAUGGCCAGCGAGCGCUUGUCUCAGAAACUUUUAAAUGAUAAGACAAAAAUGCCAACGGUCAUUCAGCGCUUUCUGUCGGCAAAAUACAAGACAGACCAUUCCCGUGUUUUAUUAACCAAAGCCGAACCAUAUGACAUAGCAUUCGGGAAUUUUACGGCGAAUCAAGUCUCUAUUCAGAUCCCGAAGAAAGGGUUCUACGAGGUGUCCACAAUUGCAACAAUGAAAAUCACACCCAACAUAACAACAGCGACGCACGCGGUAUUCCGGGAGUCGGGAAACACCACUGUCAUCAUCAUGAAGCGAUCGUACUCGGUACACGCAGACGUUAUGGCUUUCCAACAAAGUGUGUUGAAAGACUCCUUUUUGUUGAACCAUGGUGAUAAACUGAGUGUGUUUGUGUCUCGGGUGUACGGUGUGUACGAAAAGACAACACCAAUAUCAAUACGCUUAGUCGGAUACGGAAGCUGAGCACAGCUCCAAUCGGAACUUCUCGGACCUUUCCAUAAGCGGAAUUUUUUUUUCAACCUUUUUCCGAAUGGUCCAAGAUUUUCCGAUUGUAUUAUUCGAUUCCAUUACGUUAUUAUUCAAAUAGAGGUUGAUUUUUAAAAACGUUUUUAAUUAGAAUUUUACAUUGUAUCCCAAUAAAAUUGUACAUUGUG